GAGGUGUCUUACCCCCGAAGUUCCGGUUCGCAGGGGGUGGGGAGUGUUGUUAACCGGAGCGGCCACCGCAGUCGCGGGCAUCGAGCGUGUUCGCGGCGCUGGGGUCCUGGUCUCCGGGCCAGGGCAAUGUUCCGCACCGCCGUGAUGAUGGCGGCCAGCCUGGCGCUGACCGGGGCCGUGGUGGCUCACGCCUACUACCUCAAGCACCAGUUCUACCCCACCGUGGUGUACCUGACCAAGUCCAGCCCCAGCAUGGCAGUCCUGUACAUCCAGGCCUUUGUCCUUGUCUUUCUCCUGGGCAAGGUGAUGGGCAAGGUGUUCUUCGGGCAGCUGAGGGCAGCAGAGAUGGAGCACCUUCUGGAGCGUUCCUGGUACGCCGUCACUGAGACUUGCCUGGCCUUCACCGUUUUCCGGGACGACUUUAGCCCCCGCUUUGUUGCCCUCUUUACUCUUCUCCUCUUCCUCAAAUGUUUCCACUGGCUGGCUGAGGACCGUGUGGAUUUUAUGGAACGCAGCCCCAACAUCUCCUGGCUCUUUCACUGCCGCAUUGUCUCCCUUAUGCUCCUCCUGGGUGUCCUGGACUUCCUCUUCGUCAGCCAUGCCUAUCACAGCAUCCUGACCCGCGGGGCUUCUGUGCAGCUGGUGUUUGGCUUUGAGUACGCCAUCCUGAUGACGAUGGUGCUUACCAUCUUCAUCAAGUAUGUGCUGCACUCCGUGGACCUCCAGAGCGAGAACCCCUGGGACAACAAGGCCGUGUAUAUGCUCUACACAGAGCUGUUCACAGGCUUCAUCAAAGUUCUGCUGUACAUGGCCUUCAUGACCAUCAUGAUCAAGGUGCACACCUUCCCACUCUUCGCCAUCCGGCCCAUGUACCUGGCCAUGCGACAGUUCAAGAAAGCUGUGACAGAUGCCAUCAUGUCCCGCCGAGCCAUCCGCAACAUGAACACGUUGUAUCCAGAUGCCACCCCAGAGGAACUCCAGGCGAUGGACAACGUCUGCAUCAUCUGCCGGGAAGAGAUGGUGACUGGCGCCAAGAGACUGCCCUGCAACCACAUUUUCCACACCAGCUGCCUGCGCUCCUGGUUCCAGCGGCAGCAGACCUGCCCCACCUGCCGCAUGGAUGUUCUGCGCGCGUGGAUGGCACACCCGCUGACUUCUUGUUCCUGCUCUUCAGCCCUUUCUCGGCCCAGCGGAGCAGCCACAAGCACGGCGGCUGGCACCAGUACGGCUGCCACCACGGCCUCAGCACCCGGCUCUGGCUCUGCCCCAGAGGCUGGCCCGGCCCCGGGCUUCCCUUUCCCUCCUCCCUGGAUGGGCAUGCCCCUGCCUCCUCCCUUCGCCUUCCCCCCGAUGCCCGUGCCCCCCGCGGGCUUUGCCGGGCUGACCCCAGAGGAGCUGCGCGCCCUGGAGGGCCACGAGCGGCAGCACCUGGAGGCCCGGCUGCAGAGCCUGCGCAACAUCCACACGCUGCUGGACGCCGCCAUGCUGCAGAUCAACCAGUACCUCACUGUGCUGGCCUCCCUGGGGCCUCCCCGGCCAGCCACUUCGGUCAACCCCACUGAAGAGACGGCCCCGACGGUGGCCACUGCUGCCUCCUCCACCAGCAUCCCCAGCUUCGAGGCCACAACUUCGUCCCCAGGAGCCUCCCCAGCAGCCACUGAAGCUGAAAAGCCUCCAGCUCGUGAGUCGGUGGGCACAGAGGAGCUGCCCGAGGACGGAGAGCCUGACGCCGCAGAGCUCCGCCGCCGCCGCCUGCAGAAGCUGGAGUCUCCCGUGGCCCACUGACACAGCCCCAGUCCCGGCCCGCCCCUGCUCUCUUGAGCAGCCCUCGCUGGAACACGUCCUGCCACCAAGUGCCAGCUCCCUUUGUCUGCACCAGGGAGUAGUAACCCCCAGCUGUGAGAAAGAGGAGGCAGCUGCGUCCCCUAGACUAAGUGGAAGGAGGCCCGAGUUCCCUGGAGACUCAGGCCCUCAGAGUCCCAUGCGGCCACGGGAGUCUUGGGUCACUUGCAGCCUUCCUCUCCCAAAUCUUCAGCCCUGUGCUCUGCUGGGGCCAUGAAGGCAGAAGGUUGAGCCUCUGAGAAACCCUCUCCUACCCCCCCCCC